AUGGAAAUAUCUCGUCUUCAAAAAGCUAAGGAGGCAAUCGAACGAGGCGCAGCGCAAUAUCUUGAGAAAAUCGCGCGGGAUCCAAUGGAUAACAAAGCGUAUAUCGCUUUUGAAGAUAUCCUGGACGAAUAUUUAUCCAAUCCUACAUCUUAUAUUGAACAAGAACAAAUUGAAUUGUUAAAUUGUAUAAAGGAUGUCACAGUUCCCCUAAAAGAUGAAGAACAAAAGGCAGGAUUGCCAUUCUUGUCAUCAUAUGAAUCAACAUCACUUAUAGUUCAAGAAAUUGUUGAUGUUAUGGCUCAGCUUAAUGUUCGAGACAUUCAUGUGAUACUUUUUGAAAGAUUUAGUCUACUUGAUUGGAAAAAUUCAGAAAGUUUUGUAGCAUGGCAAACAUUAGAAACUUUAAAAAACAAAAAUUUAGAUCUUGUCACUGAAUGUCUAAUCGGGUUCACAGAAUUUGUGGUGCAAACAAUUGACCUUGAUAGCAAGGACCUUAAACUUAGCAUUACACCUGAUGAUAUACCCGAUCAAGAGUUUUUUUUGAUCAAUUAUUUAAUUGUUCAAUCCUUUGAAGAGUUUUGUCGAUCAUUUCACAUACCAAUGUCAUCUAUUUAUUACGAAACUUUUCACCCAAAGUUCAACGUUCCAUGGAAACAAAAGCAAAGAGAUAAUGUUAGAUUGAUUGAUCAACAGCGAUUAGGCAGAUUGAUCCGUGCCGCUAUCAAAUCUCGCAUUUCCAGUGACCAAUUAGUGAAUUAUAUUAUCCAGAUGAGCAAAAAUGUUACCGACAGCGAAGAUCACGUCAAAGAUGACAUCCAGGAAGUAACGCCGGAAUAUAUUGACUCUAUGUUCGAAAAUAGAGAAAUUUCAAAGCACAAGUUCGAUACUUCUGAAUAUCCUAUUUCUCCAAGAGGAGUAAUUUCUUAUCUAGCAUCUGUAAUAUAUUACAAGUCCAUGGCACUUGAAGGAUCGAACACUCUUAAAAAUGUAUUUUCAGAAUCACCAGAGAACAUGUUUAGGGAAAUAAUUCCUAUUACUUCUAUAGUGUUUUUAAAACACUCUCAAGAGAACGAAAUAACUGACAAGACGUUACUGGUGUUACUUUAUUUGGCUGAGAGAAAUGAAGAAAGUACCGUCACAAUGCAACACUUGACUGCAAACUUGUCAAAGGAUGAAAUGACCCUAGGUUCAUUGUUCACGAUGAUUUCCUCUUUUGCAUCAACUUCAUCUGAAGAAACAUUGCGUUUCAACUCGCAUCAAUUAUUAUCCCGACUUAUUGCAUUAUGUACAGAUGAUGCCAGAAUGUUUUUAUUGCAACAAUUAUUAACAAAUAGUCCAUUUGAGCAGAUGAAAAGUGCUGCAAUUGGUAUAUUGAAGGAGAAUGUUGCUCAGCGCUUGGACCAAGCAUAUACUAGAAAGUCCAACGAUGAAGCAGCUACAUCUGUUUUCGCAAGCCCGUACUUGAUCGAAGGUUUUUUUCCUACUAUUCUCCGAUUUAAAUCUAUUAUUCCGGCCGAAUUGGCAUCAACAGAAGAACAAGAAACAGAAUUUGAAGAAAAGCACAGUUUUAUGAUGCAUGGAUUAAAUUUUUACCUUUUCUUAUUAAUGAGAGAUGAGAAAAAUAAGACCGGCGUUUGGCAUUUAAAUCAAUUAAAACAAACUAAAGAUGAAUACUUGGCUCCAAUACUGGCUGAAUGUGAAAUUUUGAUGUCUAAAUACGAAAAAAGUCUGAAAGAAUUGAAUCAACCAUGCUCAGAGAAUGUAUGUUCUGAUGUUCAAGAAAUUGUUACUUUAGAUAAAAGUGAUGAGGAUGUUGAUAUGCAUACUAAAUUAAUUCAAAAACAAGAGGUAAAAUCUUGA